ACACUCGAACAAUUACCUAAACGGUAACAAACUAAAUCGAAUAGAAGUUUUUACUUUGAAUCUUUCGAUAUAUUACAGAGUAUCAUAUGAAUAUCUAUUACAACAAAGAUUUUCAUCGAGUAUUAAAAUAAUUGAUCUAGCAUAGAAGAAAAUGAAUAACAGAUAAUUAAAUUACGGAAUUCAAUUUAGCGCUUCCAAUGUGAAAAGAAAGUCUUGUCUAGAUAUCUCACAGUAAAAGUUCUGUUCUUUUCCAAAUAAUAUCGUUCAAUAGAAGACUUAAUAACCUUUCUUUUUCAUAGAAAAUAUAUAGCCUCUAGCAAGCAUUCUCUCUCUCUUUCUCUCUUGGAAUAUAAUUUAUUUUUUCGACCAUGAUGAAUAAUCGGUGAUGUUAAACAAUAUUAUGAAAGCAUUGAUUCUAAUCGUUAUAAAAUAUGUUGAUAAUUCUUGUUUUUCUAAGCUUUAUAGUAUAAAACUUGGAUUAGAUGAAUAAUACGAUUUAAACUAAGAAAAAUUUUCCAAUCAGAUUCUAUUCUAAGCAAAUGCAAAACUUUUAUUUUGUUAUAAUAAAAAAACAACUGUAUCAUUUAUUUUAGAGAAAUUCAAUUAGAACAAAAAACAGAUUCAUGUCGACUUCAUGGUACUUUAGAAGUUAAUAAACUUGCUGAUCAUUUUCAUUUUUUUGGUGCUCAUGCACAUAUAAGUCCUAUGGGUGUACAGAACACGGCUAUGAAUUUUUCGCAUCGUAUUGAUCAUCUUUCAUUUGGUUUACCAACACCUGGUCUUAUUCAACCAUUAAAUGGUGAUUUAAAAAUAGCAAAUUCAAGUUCACAAGUUUUUCAAUAUUUUCUUGAAGUUGUUCCAACAGUCGUUCAAACAAGUUAUGCUAAUGUUGAAACAUAUCAAUAUGCAGUUACAGAAAAAACAAGAACUAUUGAUCAUGGUACUGGUAGUCAUGGAAUGCCAGGAAUUUUUAUACGAUAUGAAAUAAGUCCUUUAAAAAUAACUGUUAAAGAAGUUCUUCGUUCAUAUUGGUUAUUAUUAAUUGAAAUCGGUGGAAUUUUUGGCGGUGUUUAUGCAACAUCAGGAAUGAUUCAUAGUUUAAUUAGUAUAAUAUAUGAUGCAAUAUUUAAACAAUGUUCGAAUAAUCAAGUGUCAAAUGAUAUAAAAAGAAAGUCUAUUAAUGAUGAUAAUUCACCAGGGAUUGCUAUUGGUAUAACACCCGAUUCAUCAUCUGUCAUGUAA